AUGGGUAAUAGUGUACCUGACCUGUUCUUUCUUGACAAUCCGAACCUUCGCCACCGUGCAUCGGAGCUCAGAGACAACAUCAGCGCAUUGCAAGUCGAGGAGGAAACUCUGAACCGCAUUCGCGACAAACUAGACAAGCUUAUGGAGGAACGAGGUUUCAACAACCCAGACGAACUUGAGAAGAAGGUCCUUGAGAUUGUCAACAGCGAAGAGCUCAAGAAGUACCAAGCGUUGAAAGAGAGACUGGACACCCGUGAUAAGGCGGAAGGUAUCGUCUGGGAUGUUAUCGGGUUAGUGGGUGCGUCCACCGGCAUCAUUGCUGGGGCUUGGUUUGCAGCCGGCAUCGUGACGGGCGGCGCGGCUCUGGCUGCCACUGCUGUCGUUGGAGAGGCAUUGGCUGUUAUUGGAGCUGUCCUUGUCCUAUCUGCCAUCAUAGCAGGAGCUGAGGAAAGAGACAAUCUGCGCAAAGCGAUUGACGAGUUGUGGCCGAAACGAGCGCAGAUGAAACAAUGUGUUGAACAGAUGCGUGCAGUCGCCAACUGGGCGGAGGCUAUUGGAAUCUGGCUAAACUCCCCAUCGACAUCUGAUCCUUCAACAAUGAACACUCUUCUUGCCGCCACUCUCGACAGAGACUAUGGCCUAUGGACCAUGCAGCAUGUUGAUGAGGUCCUCCUCGACCAGGACCGUCGCAACGACUCAUGGACUGAUGAGGAUCCAACCCACCAAGCCGACGCUGUGGCUUUCGUUGUCAGACCAAUGCUGGCGCGUGAACUUGCGGACCCUAAGCCUGCAACUGUUACGCUCGAUAUACUACCGUCUGGCGGGACAAGUUAUGUUAGCGGCGCCGACCUCGGCGAACGCAAGAUGAACUUCUCAUACAGCGAGUUCCUGGCCCCCGAUACUGUUCUUGCUACCAGUGGUGGACAAACUUGGAAAAUCACGGCAAAGCCGCAGGACAAGGAUAAUCCGACCCUUGAGACAGUACUGUUCGAUUUUGAGACCAUACCCUCUGGUGUAAGCAUCGGCGGAGGAGCAUUCAAGGGGGGCUUCGAACCUCUAAUCACGGCAGACCUGCCUGUGGGCGCAGCAUUCACGGGUUGCCAGGUGCAUACUUUAGCUACGACAACGGCUUAG